UCCCCGGUGCCACUGGUGCCCCCCCCCCCCCCCAGCAUGGCCUACAAGGAGAACGUGAACCCCAGCGUCUAUGGCCUGGGCAAGUGUGGGGUGCUGCCCCCCCCGGGCCCCCAGCGGGUGCUGCGCAAGGACCCCCCCGGCCCGGGUGCCGCCCCCCCCUCGGACGCCCUGCUGCUGCCGAGAGCCGCCGCCAGGGCCUGCCCCCCCCCAGCCCUGCCGGGGCGGGUGCCCUUGGAGCCCAGCACCCAGCAGCACCCGCAGCGGACCUUCUCCAUCGAGGACUUUGAGGUGGGGCGGCCGCUGGGCAAGGGCAAGUUCGGCAACGUCUACCUGGCGCGCGAGCGGACCUCCCGCUUCAUCGUGGCCCUCAAGGUGCUCUUCAAGUCGCAGAUCGAGAAGGAGGGCGUCGAGCACCAGCUGCGGCGCGAGAUCGAGAUCCAGGCCCACCUGCGGCACCCCAACGUGCUGCGUCUCUACAACUACUUCCACGACCGCAAGCGGGUCUACCUCAUCCUGGAGUACGCGCCGCGGGGCGAGCUCUACAAGGAGCUGCAGAAGUGCCGCCACUUCGACGAGCAGCGCAGCGCCACGCUGAUGGAGGAGCUGGCGGACGCGCUGCUCUACUGCCACGCCAAGAAGGUGAUCCACCGCGACAUCAAGCCCGAGAACCUGCUCAUGGGCCUCAAGGGCGAGCUGAAGAUCGCCGACUUCGGGUGGUCGGUGCACGCCCCCUCGCUCAGGCGGAAGACCAUGUGCGGGACGCUGGACUACCUGCCGCCGGAGAUGGUGGAGGGCCGGACGCACGACGAGAAGGUCGACCUGUGGUGCCUGGGGGUGCUCUGCUACGAGCUGCUCGCCGGGCACCCGCCCUUCGAGAGCGCCUCCCACGCCGACACCUACCGCCGCAUCACCAAGGUGGACCUGCACUUCCCCCCGGCGCUGCCCGACGGCGCCCGCGACCUCAUCGGGCGCCUGCUGCGCCACAGCCCCGGGGAGCGGCUGCCGCUGCGCGGGGUGCUGCAGCACCCAUGGGUGCGCGCCCACUCCCGCCGGGUGCUGCCCCCCGCCUACGCCCCCCCCUAGGGCCCCCGGGUGCUGCCCCCCACCCCGGGGUGCUGCCGACCCCCAUUGCCAAAGGGUUGGGGGGGUCCUGGGUGCUGCCCCACCCCAACCCUGGGUGCUGCCCCCCCCACCUAUGGGUGCUGCCACCCCCCCAUUACCCGAGAUUUGGGGGUCCUGGGUGCUGCCCCCCACCCCUGGGUGCUGCCACCCCCCGCCAUUACCCGAGAUUUGGGGGUCCUGGGUGCUGCCCCACAUCUUUACCAAGGGUUGGGGGUCCUGGGUGCUGCCCCCCACCCCUGGGUGCUGCCCCCCCACCUAUGGGUGCUGCCACCCCCAAAUUACCCGAGAUUUGGGGGUCCUGGGUGCUGCCCCCCCACCUAUGGGUGCUGCCACCCCCCCAUUGCCAAAGGGUUGGGGGGGUCCUGGGUACAUGUUGCCCCCCACCCAUGGGUGCUGCCGACCCCCAUUACUCAAGGGUUGGGGGGGUCCUGGGUGCUGCCCCCCAUCUUUACCCAAGGGUUGGGGGCUCUGGGUGCUGCCCCCCCCACCCAUGGGUGCUGCCACCCCCCACUACUCAAGGGUUGGGGGGGUCCUGGGUGCUGCCCCCCACCUAUGGGUGCUGCCUCCCUUCCCAAAACAGUGGGGUGCCCCCCAAUCCCCCUCUUCUGGGGGGGCAGCACCCAUGGGUGCCCCCCACCCCCCCCUCAAUAAAGCUGGUGUUUUUA